AUGGGCGACAUUGCCGAACCUCAGCUGCAAAGGGUACUACAAGAGCUUGACCGUCCUAUUCAAAGUUCUGCUUCUGAGUUGCAGAGAAAUGUGAAGUCGGUAUACAAGUACCUCGAUAUCAACCCUGUCAUCAUCGUCAACCCCAAAUGCCCAACGAAAGAGUGUCAAGCAACAUUCUUUGAUAUUGCCGACGCGGAUGAGCUCCGGAAGGUACCAGAGGCGUGCCCGGAAUGCCAGACACCUCUCAAAGACGGACAAAAGUUCAUUGGGCAGCACUUCCCUCGCCAGUCAUUGCAAGCCGCGCUCGAAUACCUCUUCAGUAUCGAGGGAAUCGAACGUCUUGUAGAAGACCAAGAGCUCCUGCGCAAGCAGCAAGAUGAGCGAGACAAGGCAAAUCCCCCGAGUUAUCUCAAGGAUGCCAACAUCGGGAAGAUCUACCGCCAUCAGCUGGAUGGCGAGUGCUACCAACAGGGCGGAGCUACUGCAGAUGUACACCAGAGGGGAUGUCUUGUCUUGACUAUCAACAUUCACAUCGAUUGGGCCGAUCCAUCGAAAUCCAGAAAUCGUUUGCCACACUCCAUGGGUCCUAUCCUUUGCCAGCUGGCCGAUCUUCCAAACCAAUAUCGGUCUAAAUCUACCUUUGCAAUGUUGAUGGGAAUCACCCCUGCGCCCAACGAGCCGCCCGGAUGCUUACUUCACCGGCUUCUUCUGGCUUUGGGGGUGGACAUCCUUACUGGAGCAUACGAUGGUAUCUGGAUCAGGACUCCUGCGCAUCCUAAUGGGCGCAAGGUUUACAUCAAGAUUGGAGCUAUCUGCUGUGAUCGUCCGGCUGCAAUAGCCAUUAUCGGAGGCGGUCACUACAAAAGCAAAAAAACUCCUUGUUUGAUGUGUACCAUCCCGGCCAGUCAGCUGUCCAGCUCUUCCCCCUUCCCUGCCCAUCUCGGAUCCGACCACUCAGAGGCAAUGCUCAAUCAACAACGCAAAUUCCUUCGCCAAUUUGAUGAGGCUCCUCAGACGUCGUACCAGACACAUAUCUCUCGCCGCGCUGGGAGGAUAUCGCAGGCCACCCAAGUGUAUCUUGAGGGUGUGGAGAAGUCUGUGUUCAAGGUCCCAGGCCAUCUGUCCAUCUUCUAUCUUUUCCCGGGCUUCGACAAAAUUCGUCACGCUGUUGCAGACCCCAUGCACACUAUCCUGGAAGGGUUACUGCUGUACUACAUCCGACGCGUGCUCAUCAUGGGAAGGCUCUGUAAGAUGCCCCCAUUAGGUUGGCGUCCUGAGGAUGAAGGAGAUGCUGAGAGUGCUGUGGGCACUGAAUCCGAGAUGGAUGAGGAAGAGCUGAGAGAGGUCCAUGAGCGGAUUGUUGAGAGAAGCGCUGCCUCAGAGAACCCUAGACAGCUUGAAGGGUACCAGCGGGCAGCCGGACGUGCCCUCAAGGAGGAUCUCGACGCCAAUCCCAUCAUCCCAAAGAAGCUUCUUACUAGGUUGGAAGCCAUGAUGGAGCAGGUGAUCGUCCCGCCUUACAUUGACAGUGUCGGGAAAGGAUUCUUCACCAAGCAGCGAAAGCCCACUGCUGCCCAGUGGCGUACGUUUGGUGAACUUUUCGCCAUCGUUCGCUACACCUUCCAAUCCGCAAUCUCAGAGGCUCAGAUCUCUCGGCUUCACAAACUCAUUGACAGCUUUCUGGAGCUCGUCAUUAAGUUACACCCAUAUCUGCCCGCCCGCGUGACCAACUUUCACGUUAUCCGACAUAUCCCUGACCAUAUCAUCAACCAUGGACCUGUCUAUGGGUGGUGGCUUAUGGCAAUGGAGCGUUUGAACGGCCGUGUAAAACACGUCAACAUGAGCGGCCGGAAUAUGUUCCAGGAGCAGGUUAUCGCUUUCCGUGCUCUCCUUCGUGAGCGAUCUGCAUUCCUACUUUUGAGGAGAAUGCUCCGUUCGAAGGGAACGAACGAUCAGGAGCCAUGUAUGGAAGAGUUGCGUGAAGGAUACAAGAGGGGAGGUAUAGAUUCACAGUUGAGUGAAGAGUUGGAGACUCUUGGCCUUUUCGACAAUAGUGGGCUGGACCAGCGAUUCUCGAUUGAUCUUCUAUCUCGGGGCCCUCGAACGCAGGCUAUCGAGGACAAAGAAGUCGUGAUCCGUCUCAAGCGAGAACUACAAUUGAACACGGAGACUGAUUUUAUCGACAAGUUUGAGUUCCAUCACGAGCUGGCCGUCCGUGGCUAUCGAUUUCGACCGGCGGAUCCAAUGUUCAAGUCAGACUGGCAAAUCGAUCCCAAGGUAGAAAUCCCUCGUUUGAUCACUAAAAAGAACGCCAUGUCCUUUCUCGAAUGUCGGCCUGCAUACCGUCGUUUUGCCGACCAUCAUGCACCUGCCAGGUCAGGGAUCCUUUGGAGCGUGGUAGGCCACAAGCGUCGGUCAAGGGAUGGAGCUAUGAUGACAGAGAGGCUUUACGCCGUGACUCGGUGGUUCAAGUGGCAGGGAGAAUAUGGGCAGGCGAACGGAUAUCGGUAUAAUCAAGAGGCCACAUUGGACAUAUAUUCGUAUUCCGAUAGUGUACUAGACGACCCCUUCUUCUUUGAGAUCCGGGCUGCUACCAUAGGUUACCUUCAUCCUCUUGCUUUGAUUCGGGUUCCUGUGGAACCGAACAGACCCACUGGUCGGCAGUUCAUCCUCAGCAUCCCUAUCGCACGCCACACAUAG